CUGCCAUCUUGUUUCUCCACUUCACCGCUUACUUGAAUUUCUAGGGUUUCGGAGGCGAGUCUCGUUGGAGAUCAAGGUUGAAGCAAAUCUUCUGAAAGUUUGUCCGCAUCGAAUGGAGUAUCCACGGACGAGGAAGCGAGCACGGCUAGCGUGGGACGUUGCUCCUGAAGAACGAGAGGCUUUCCGGGAUGAUGCGGCUACUACCGGUCGUGGUGCGUCGCCGCCGUUGAGGGAUGAUGAUCGUGAUGGCCAUUAUGUGUUCGAUCUUGGAGAGAAUCUCACGCCACGAUAUAAAAUACUUAGCAAGAUUGGUGAAGGCACUUUUGGUCGUGUUUUGGAAUGCUGGGAUCGUGAAGCUCGUGAGUAUGUGGCUAUCAAGGUCGUGAGGAGCAUACGCAAAUAUCGAGCGGCGGCAAUGAUUGAAAUUGAUGUCCUUGAAUAUCUUGCUAAAAAUGAUGCAAAUGGAUCACGAUGUGUCCAAAUCCGGAGGUGGUUUGACUACCGGAAUCACAUUUGCAUUGUUUGUGAGAAGCUUGGACCAAGUUUGUAUGAUUUUCUAAAGAGAAAUAAAUACUGCCCUUUUCCUGUGGAACUUGUCCGGGAGUUUGGACGUCAGCUAUUGGAAUCUGUAGCAUGUGUGUCAAUCAUUCUCAGUUUCUGUUGGCCUUCUCUAUUUUGUCUUUUCCUAACCAAUCUUGCAGAUUUUCUUUUCUGGUUAUCAUGUGAAGGGGCCAAUUUUACCGGUUUUUUUAAUAUCUGUUUGUUGUAUUUUAACGUAGAUAUGCAUGAUUUACGCCUUAUUCACACUGACCUGAAGCCAGAGAACAUACUCCUUGUGUCCUCUGAGUAUGUUAAGGUUCCAAAUAAUAAGAAAAACAUACUGGAUGAGAUGCACUUCAGGUGCUUGCCAAAGUCAAGUGCCAUAAAGCUGAUUGAUUUUGGUAGUACUGUCUUUGAUAAUCAAGAACAUAGCUCAAUUGUUUCAACAAGGCAUUACAGGGCACCUGAGAUUAUUUUAGGCUUAGGAUGGAGUUAUCCUUGUGAUCUCUGGAGCACUGGCUGCAUAAUUGUUGAGCUCUGUUCAGGGGAAGCACUGUUCCAGACACAUGAAAAUCUGGAGCAUUUGGCGAUGAUGGAGAGGGUUCUGGGGCCAAUACCUGAGCAUAUGAUUCGUAAAGCCAAUUCCUCAGCAUCAAAGUACUUUAGAAGAGGUGCAAGGUUGAAUUGGCCAGAAGGUGCAGUUUCAAGAGAAAGUAUCAGGGCUGUAAGAAAGCUAGACCGUCUCAAGGAUUUAGUUUACCGGCACGCGGAUCAUUCAAGGGCUUCAUUAGCUGAUCUACUAUCCGGGCUUCUGAAAUAUGAACCAUCAGAACGACUGACGGCCCGUGAUGCCCUCAACCACCCAUUCUUUAGAAAUCCAACCUGAGUACCUUACCAAAGGCGGUGACAUUGUAACAAGAGCAGCAACCCCACCCUGUGAAGGGUGUUGAUGAUGAUGAGCGAAAGGGGUGAAAUCAAGAUAACUUAUGGAGACCCCUUGCGCUCUUAGAGGAAGGCAUACCAGUGCACCGAAUUUCUUUACUCCAAUGCCACGCGGUAGUAUGUGAGUUUGGCCAAAGUUCUUACUGUUUUAGUAGCGUUGUAGAGCAGCAAGGCAAGUACUCUUCUGUAAAUAACAUUUGAACUGCUGUUUUUUAUGCAUGCUCAGGCAGUCAUGAUGGAGUUACAGAGAGUUACUGAAUUUUUUCCCCUGCGUCA